AGCGUUUCACUCGAACUCAUUCAUGUCUACGUCACAGCCAGUACUGGACGUGCGACUGGACAGUCCCAGAGUUGACCAUGAGCCGCUCAUUCAUCAUUGUGAUUGUGCUCACCCUCGUCACAAACGCGUUUCCAGUAUGUUUAGGGGCGACGGAAACUUCGGACAACUUCGCGCAGGAAAUGUUGUUGCGCGCACACCACCGCCUGACGACGGGUCUGUACCGAGGUUUGUCGAGCAAGAAAGGCAACUUGGUUAUCUCGCCAUGGAGCGUCAUGACGCUGCUGUCUGUGACGUUGCUUGCCGCUGACGGGCGGACAGCCAAUGAAAUUGGAGAACACAUGUACAUUCCACUUCUGAGAAGGAAAGAGAUUCUGGAGGGAUUCGAAAACAUCAACAUGUUCUCAGGAAACUCGUCCUGCGAGUCGUCAUUCGAGUCAGUCAACAUGGCGCUGGUUGGGGGAGGAGGAUCACUCGUCCUUUCUGAUCGCCUUGUGAAGAUGUUACAACUCUCUCUGAACACGCACGUCAACCCCAUUAACGCCUCUCACAACGACAGCGACAACAGGAGUCUUGUAGACUCACCACCCAGCACAGUCAGCACUUCUGCUGACGAAAUGACCAACGAGAGAGUUAGAGAGCUCCUUGCCCACAAUUUGAAUUCCGACAACCACCAGGCUGAGCUGUGGCUGUUCAGUUUUGUAGCUUUCCAGGGCACGUGGUCUCACACUUUCAACCCCCGUCUGACUUACCCAGCUGCCUUUAAGGUAGACGGGCAAGAGGAAGUACGGGUACCCACCAUGGUGUCGAGAGAGGUCUAUCCUCGCGGCGAGUACCCGGAACUGGCCAUGAGCUUGCUGGAGCUGCCGUACGGGGUGGCGAGGCGCUACGCCCUCUUCCUCCUCCUUCCUCACCAAGAUGGCGGCCUUCCCGUGCUGGAGCAGCGCCUCAAGCACUUCGUACUGGAGCGUGUCCUGUCUGCUGACCAUGUCCCCACUUUAUCCAAAGUGUACCUGCCCAAGUUUCGACUGAAGAAUGACGUUGACAUCCAAGGGGUCCUAAAGAGUCUGGGGUUCAAGCGCAUGUUUCUGUCGGGCGAAGCCAGCUUCUCGCGUCUUGUGGGCAAAGACCACACGGCCCACGUGAGGGACAUGACCCACCUCGCGCUCAUUGAGGUCAACGAGAACGGAACCGUUGCUGCUGCGGCCACAGCCUUGCGGAUUCCCACGCGCCAGUACGUGGAGUACUUCCGAGUCAACCACCCGUUCAUGUUUGUCUUGAGAGACAAGUUGCUUGGCAUUAAUCUCUUUGUCGGACGAGUCACUGACCCUCGGCAGCUUACGUGAAGCAACACUUCAAUCCCAUCUGACGACAAGUGGGACAGGAACUGUGUGUGUGUGUGUUUUGUACAUGCGUGUGACUGUGUACAAAUGCAUUAUGUACACGUGCUAACAAACCUUCCCAAGUAACAUGACAGCAGUGACAAAGAGAGAAGCAUGAAAGGAGGAGGAUUCUACACGGUUAGCAUGCAUUAGCUGGGACAUAAACUUGGGUUAGAUAAACAGGGUUAGCAUGCAUUAGCUAAGACCUAAAGUAUCUAGGCUAGGGUUAGAUAAACAGGGUUAGCAUGUCUUAGCUUGGACCUCGAGGGCCUGACUGAGGUCAGAUUAAAUUCAAAGUGUAAAGAAAUUGUGAAUCUCCAAAUCCAAAGCAAAAUAGCUCAGGGUUAUUUUAUAAAAGUUAAAUUUCUGGUGAAAUAAUUGAUUUGCGCCGUGAAAAAUGCAUAUUAUCGUUCACUUUGUUGUACAUUUAAAUAUGUGCUGUGCAUGAGUACAUGUCAUUCAAACCCUGUUUGGGCUGUACUAUACAUUUUGUAUUUACACAUUUUAGUCUAUUGUAUGUCAUUACUUUUGUUUUAAUAGAAUACAUGCACAACCAAAUUUGUUAAUAGUUUCGGGCAUUUUUGAGUGUCACUUGACAAAUAUAACUGAGGAAAAUGAUGAUGGCCAAUCUUUAAAUUCAACACAAAACUGGCAUGAAUGUUUUUCUGAAAGUUUCAGAAAAAAAGAUGAAUGUCAUUCAUCUGAAAACUUAAACUUACAAUUUUUUUUCCUGUGAAUAUCUCAAUUUUGUAAAUCAUUGAAAGUUUACAGAAUAAAGUGUUUAAAUAUUUGAACAGAA